GUCUAUCAGUGAAAUACCAGCUGUCAGACUAGAUAUAUUGUUGGCAUCUCUUCAGAAAGCCCCUACUGUUGUUUUUAUCCUUAGAUUUGUCUGUGAUACUCAGAUGGGGGCCAGUGGGUCCUGCAAACCAAAAGCUUAAGCAGCAAUGUGAUUAUCCCCAUCAUGUGAUCUACAGCCGGGUAUGAAAGAGAGCCUUUUACAGGAGCAGUAAGCAGUCCUCAGAGCUUGGUAUGCAGCACAAACAUACAGCAGAUUCCUCUUCGUCUUGGGCCUGAUCAUGGCUUAAUCAUCUGACUGAAGUGGAGACGAACACAAGAGUUUACAGUUUGGGUCAUGGAUCAUCAAACCUCAGGGCAGCUGAGUCAACCGAGCCACGCCUCCAGUUAUCAGUGGCUUUCCUUCGCCUACCAGGGCCUGACGGAGAUCCCUUAUGAGACCAUACUAACCCAGACGGACACUCUGGAGGUGCUGGACCUGAGUUACAACCUGCUGGAUGAUUCUUAUUGGAACCCGGCUCUGCUGGGGCGUCUGGAGAAGCUCAGCACUCUGAUCCUGGACUGCAACCGCUACACGUCCCACGUCAAGUUCCCCUUCAUGCCGAGCGUCACCACGCUGUGCAUCAACAAGAACAAGAUCAACAACCUCCCCGUGUUUGUGGAGGAGGUCCGCAGAAAGUUCCCCAGCAUCAAGAUCCUCAGUAUGAUGAACAACGAGGCAGCACCGAGCUACUUCAACGGAGGAAGUCUGACCCAGUAUAUAGACUACAGGCAGUAUGUGAUCAGUCAGAUUCCAGGCCUGGAGAUCCUGGAUGACACUGAGGUCCUGGAGAAGGAGAGAGUUCAGGCUAGAAAAACCUACCGGCUGCAACAGAGCCGCCACAGCAGCAGGAAAAGGAAGGAUGAUUCAUCCAGGAAGCAUGCACACAUUGGAAAAAAGUCAAACACCGUCGUUUGACAAUAGGGUAUAUUCUAAUUUUAAACUGCUCCCUUACAAUUACCCGUUUUAUGUCACACUGUUAAUAUUAUGAUGUCUAUUGUGUGUUCCAUGUCUGCGUGUCAACUACAGCAUGUAGUUAACUAUUGAACUUCAAACGCUGUGUUCUAUGAAGCUGCACCGUUUUAUUAAAGAAAAAAGCUCUUUCAGGUGA